AAUUUUUUUUACUCGUUAUAAACAAGUUAAUAAUAUUUUUAUAAAAAUAUCAUUAUUAAACAUUUAAAUGUACUUUUAAUGUAAUCAGCCACAUUAUCGACGCACUAUUUAUACCUAAAUUACAUUAAAAGCCUUUCUUUUUCAGUUAUAAAUCGUUUUAUCCGUUUUAAUUUAUAUUGUUUAUUCUCGCUCUGAGUUCGGCAUUUACGAAUAACGACGCUUCGCGAAGCACGUUCCGCGGGAGCAUAAACAGCCUUGGGCCAAAACAUUAAUUUGCGGCAUAUUUACACUGUCAAGAUACGUUUCCGAGUAUUCCGCUGGUGAUUCUCCAAUAAUGCGAGCCCGAUUAGGCAUGCUACAUUAGGUACUCCGUUUUCUCCGUCCGCUCCGUUCGCUCCGUCGACGGGUAAAUGCUCGUAAGAAAUCGGCCGAGGGUGCUCGGAAAGCCGGAAACUGGUAAAAACACGCGUGGAAAAAAAGGGCAUAUAUUUAUACAGUCGGCAAGCAAACGCGUAAGGUUUAAUUGUGCGAGAACAGCAGGAAUUCUCUUGGAGUGCGGUUUUUACGCAGAGUCGUGUCGCGACAGUCGGACACUUCUUUCCCGAGGAAACGGCGGACAAUGUCGCGGAGCUCGCCGGGAAUCGGUUACAAAUUAGUCACCGGCGCGUUUCGUUUCCUCGGAAAUAAGGAUUCUUCGGUCGCAGCGGAAUACUCUCGCGCCUUAAUGAGGAUUCUGCGUCAUUGCGCGACCGCGUGAUGCCCGUGAGUCUCGUAAUCGGCGAUCUUACGAAGGGGAUUUACGUAACGCGAUAUCCUGCGGUUACCUUGCAGCGACGAUCCGCCACUGCAUAAUUGCAUCUUUGGCAGGAACGACUUAAGCGCGAUCGCGAUGUGCAGCGGCACGAACGUUUGGCGCCUCCGCUAUGUACGGGUGAAUCAUUAUUUCGCGAGGCACGAAAUACACAGGCACACACAGGAAAGGACGACACCGUUCGAACUGUCUCUCUAAUUUAUUCCUUGCACAAUUGAUCCCGCGCCGCUUCUAAUAAAUAAUCAAAUCGAACGACGGGGGUAAAAUCUUUUAAGCCUUUUUAACGUUGAAAUAAUAAGAGAAUAGCCCUAAGAACAACGACGGCGAUCGGCGAGGAGGGUCGCCAUGGCUUCGCAGGGCUGAGAGGGGCAACAAGAGUUUUAAUGAAUCUCAAUGAGGUCGUUGCGCUCUUUGUUUGCGCUGGGAUUUAGCCAAACGUUGAGGGUGACAGGAUUCGAAAUUACUUUAGCACUGACGUGCCGGCUGCAACGGGCCAUAACGGGGUGCAUUUUAGAGCGAACACUUCGCUCAUCGUAACAGGCGCGAGAUAAUGUCAUUCAUGGGCAUUCACCGUACCCUCCGCUAAGCUAUUCACAAUGAAUCAUUAUUACAGCGGACCUUUGUUCAGUGCGAAAGUAAGUGUACCUUUACAGGAAGUGGCGGACUAAGCGUUGUAAUAUACAUAUUAGAUUACUCCCGUUUCUAAUGUUAAUGUUAAUCACAUAUUCAAAUAUCGUAACGCUUCUGGAAUAUAUUCCAGAAACUGUUAACAAUGGAAAUUUAUAUACGUACAUACAUCUUAUUUCCGAGAAGAUGUAAUCGUAACUAGCAACGUAAAAUUCUUAUUUGUCAAUUCCGUUUACGAUCUUAUUUACAUAUAAUGGUCGUUUUAUAUUAGUUAUACUUAUGAAUCUAGCGAUAUCGAUCUCAGGAAGCAAUUAAAAUCACUGGUCCGAAUCCUUCGAGAAAGGUACAUAUUUGCUUCUUCGAGUCCGUCUUUGUUACGCUUUACGAGUUGGAGGCCAUUCCAAUUUUCUGCAAUAAUGAUUGUCAUUACUAGUAUAUACAUCCGCUUUGAGUAUUUAUCCCUUCCUUGAAACAACAUGCACAGUGAUAGAAGUAUUUUAUGAAAAAUCAGUGUCCCCAGUGUGUUCGCAAACGAACGAUGAAAAUGCAAACGAGAGUAAUUCUCGCCGGUUGUUUCGUGAUCGUGAUGUUCAACGACUUUGGCACGAGUGUCGAAGUUUCGUCGAAGAUCGAUUUGGAUUCUAACGAAAAUGAGGAAAAAUUAGGUAACUCGACCUUCGGCACGGUCAUAAAUUCAAAGAAAUCUGCUAGUCCACCGGAAUCAGUCUUGCGUGCGCCUAAACCAUCGACAUUCAUCUGGCGUAAUGGCGAGCUCAUAAAAGCAAGUGAACCGAGAAAAAGAAGGAUCUAUCCAUCGCACGAUAAUUCAGCAAAACAACCAAAAAUAAUCAAUAACAUUCAAGUUGUUGUAAACACCAACGAUAGUAUACCAAGUGAAAAUUCUUGCGAAUAUGGAAUAUGUAACGUGUCCGUUUCCUCGAAACCAGACGAGAAUGGAAAUAUUGUCACCGAGGUGCAUCUGAGCAUUAUCACGAAAGCAAAACUGAACACUAAGAUCGAAGAUGUUCCGGUAAUCAAUGGUUUUCGAGGUGUCAGUCAGGAUGAUAAACAACCAAUUUUUCAUUCAAUAAAUUCCCCACGUUCAAUGCAUACGCAUUUGUAUCGUAACAAUAUUCCACAGAUUCAAACUAAUUAUCAUGGAUAUGGCCAGCCCUGGUACGGACAAACUUUUCGACAGCCGCAAAUGUAUUGGAAUUAUCAUUUUGGAAAUCAAGAUAACGUAGGAUUGCGGGAUCAAAAAAUGUGGCCGCGAGAUAGGCCCGUAGUGGAUGAUAAGAUUGAACCACCGCUUAGCAAAACCAAACCCAAUGACGAGACAAAUUAUAAAAUAAUUUAUUAAAUUGUAAAGUAUUAAUAAUGUAAGUACUGCUAUAAUAUUCAUAUGGAUCACGAUUAUUAAGAAUUGUCAUUGUAAUAAAAUUAAAAAUUCAUUAUAAAAGCAUCAAGAGUUCAGUUUAUGUAUUAUAUAUAUAUAUAGCAGAUACAAUAAUAAGAAUAUAUUUAAGUAUAGAAAUAAAAAUUAAAUGCAGAAUAGUCAACUAUUACAUUUACUCGAUAUUACUCGAGUAGAAAAUAACGCUAACAUAAGAAAGCUUUAAGAUUUGUCAAUGUGUAUCGCAAGCAAUUCUCGCUCGCGGACAGAUAAACAA